CCGCAAUAACAAAUUUUAGUUUAAAUUAUUUUAGCCGUCAAUUCUGGCAUUGGUUUGAGGAAAUAACUACUUUUUAAUUAGUUGGAAUUAAUUGAAAUAAUGGAGGACCAAUAUUUCAAUUUGACUUAUUCAACUCUAACAACACUGGAUGCAUCAUCAAAUAAUCUUUCCAAGGAUUAUGUGUUCGUUGUGUGUGCGAAUGCUAUAAAAUGUGGUGAGGUUACAGCAUGGAAACUUCUUCAACUCUGGCUAAAUAAAUUAAGAUAUUAUUACAAGUUUGAAGACUUCAGCUUUACUGAUUGGAAACUUUUUACUGUUUGUUACCAGAAUCACUUUGAUAAAAUCGAUUUCAUUGGUACUGGUUCCGGUGUGGAUAGUACUUAUUGUAACUUGGCUACUUGGUUGAAUGAAUCAUCUGUUUUCCUUAAUACCAUCUGUGCGGGUGCAGCAAAAUUUAAUUUGCAAGGAAUAUGCUAUUUCCUGAAUUUUAUCUGGGAAACUGUGCAAAACACCUGCAUGUUUUUUAAAAUAAACUCUAAAGAAAGGAAUUUGAAGUCUGAAAUGAAAAAUAUAAAUUCUGUACAUGAGUCUUCGCAUAAGAUGGUAUGGAAUUGUUUGGAGGAAUUGUCAGAACUAACUGUUGUGGAAUAUUACGCUGUUGGACAAUUUAUUCAAAGAGUGUGUCUGAAUUCCAUUACUGACCCCUGCAUAGGAAUUAAAACGAAGAUCGAAACAUGGAAAUUUGUUGCUAAAUUCAUGUUGAAACAUGAGUCUUUUAAGGAAAUGUAUAACAUAAAACUGGACUUGGCGGAAAUGGCUAUGCGUGCUUUAUUACGUGAAGUGAGAACAAAUUUAAUUGAAGUAAAUGAAAAGGAUCUUACCGAAAUUGAGCCAUAUGUGGAACAAUAUCUACGAAUAACUGGCUUUUAUUUACAAAUAUUGUACAGGAUGACAACCGUCUUUCAGCACUCCUCCUUUCCCGUGCCUAAGGAUUUUUUCAAUGUUUUGCUUGUGUCCAUAUCAUCAAAUAAUUUUCGAAUGAAGAGCGUGUUUGGUUUAAUCGAAAAAUAUGUGAUAACCAGUCUAACUAAUAUUCUUCCGUUGGUGUUUAAAAAUAAAGAGCUUCAAGAGUUGGUUUUGAACCAUGUUAAUGCAAAGGAGGGAUUUUCAUUCGAGUUAUUAAAUGCUUAUCUUCAAUCUUUUAUAACUGAUAACAAUGAAGAUUUUUCUCUGAGCAGUUUGGAGUUUCUAACCGAUAUUUUGAGAACAGUGUUUCAAGGUGGAGAGAUUUUCGUUGUUGCACACCGUUACGAUGAAGUAAUACAACUCUUUGCUGCUUUGAUAAUCUCUGAUCUUUCAAUGGCUCUAUUUCGCAAUGUACAACAAAGUGUUAUUAAAGGAAACUCAUUAUUAUCUUAUGCAUGCACAGAUAUACUGUUACUAGCAUCAAGUUGCUUAGACGAUCGAUCUGAAGAAUUACGGAAUCAACUUGACUUCUGGGUGCAAACAAAUAAUAGAUUCGCACUGUUUUCCUCUGAUUUUAAACGUUUAAAUGUUGAACGCCUCAUAGGCCAUUAUUUUGCGUUAUGCUUGGGAAAAUGUUCUAAAGAAGAUAUUGAAAUUUUAUUACAACGCUCCGUUAACAGUUACAACGUUAAAAGUUGUCUUACAGAUAACUGCCAUAAAGCGACGUUAGAGGUAGCGAAAUCGAAAGCCCGCAGCAGAUUAUGUAACGUAAUAGAGGCGUUCGAGCGUAAUGAGAUAUGUGUCAAGGAUUACUACGAAUUGGUAUCUGGAAUUCAAGAUGUGGCCUAUUACGAAGCAGAUGUAUCCAGUUGUUUACAACGCAAGAUUUCGGAUCUUCUUAUAAAAGUUUGCAAAACUUGUGUAAUAAAUAGGAAGCUUUCUUUUAAGCGACUCUUAAGUGCUGGACUAAAGUUUAUCACUAGCUCCAAUAUUAGCAUCGAAACUCAGUUACGUAUUAUCAGCGUAAUCAAAGAAGCACUGGCAGGUGGAAUCAAAUUUCCUUUGGUGUCAUUUUGGCUGUUUUUGCAAGAAUUCCGUAGUCAUACAGGCUCAAAGGCAUAUAAUGAAGCAAAAGAAAUUUUCACCAUGAUAGAAGUGCCAGAUAUCAUUCAAGUUAGCAUUUUGAAAUCAUCUCAAGGAUUACUUACACCAGCAGUUGAUUCUCGGCAUUACUUAUAUAUUCAAGGCCGAGAAUGUGCGAAAAUCACAAAACCCACUUUUGUUAAUAGUAAACGAGCGCGUAUUGAUGUCGAUUCUGACGAAAAUGGCCUUGAUGAUGUUAUACACAACAUCAGCCAAUAUGUGAAAAAGCUCGUAAAAUUUUCCAGACAAAUGAAAGAAAGCGAUUUAGUAAAACUAAAUAACAUUCAUGUUGAUAUCAAAAGGAUAACAGACCAUUGCAACAAUUUAAAUAACUAACGUAUAUGCGAUGGUUAUGUUCUUGCGCUGUGGGGCAUUAAGGUAUUUGGCAUAUAAGCGAUUUUCCUCUUCCUCCUCUAGUAAAAGACCUAAGAAGAAACGAGAGUAAUC